UGAAAGUGUUUCUCUUUCAGCUGAGACGCUGCUGUGAUGCUGUUGGGAGAGAUGAUUCAAAAUAAAACAAAACUCCAACUCCAGGCAGAACCGGUGAGAUUAAUGAAGCCCAGCAUGGAGUGCUGAGUAAAAAGAUAUAAUUCAUUCAGUUCAAGAGUGACUUGAGAUCAGCGCCUUCAAGAAUCAACAGUGGUGUUCAUGAGAUGUGUCUAUACACUAAUAUUCAAAAAUGGAGAGCCGUGAUCUGGAAACAGAUAAUGUGACCCCACCCUCAGAAAAGUGUAAAAUCCAGAUGAAGAGAUCAGAUUCACCAGAACCCAGUUGUGUCUCCAUGAAGAGUGAUUGGUCUAUGGAUUGUCCUUGGGACUUUAAAAAUGGAAACCCCUUGUCUGUACACAGUGUUUUACAGAAGGCAGGAGGCAGAAGAGAAAAGAUCUUCAUCACAGAUACAGGACACGCCCCAGAAUCUGCUGCUGCAAAUGAAGUCCAGAAAAAGUUCAGAUUAAAUCUGAUGAAGAAGUUUCAGUGUUUAAAUGGAGUGAUGAUAAAGCAGGAAAACCGAGUGCUCCUGAAUGAGAUCUACACAGAGCUCUACAUCACAGAGGGAGACAGAGGAGAUGUCAAUAAAGAACAUGAGGUGAGACGGAUCGAGGCAGCGUCCAGGAGAAAAACAACAGAGGAAACACCAAUCAAAUGCAACGACAUCUUUAAGCCCUUAUCUGAAGAAGACGAACCCAUCAGAACUGUAGUGACAAAGGGAGUGGCUGGUAUUGGAAAAACAGUCUCUGUGCAGAAGUUCAUUGUGGACUGGGCUGAAGGGAAAGCAAAUCAGGACGUCCCCCUCAUAUUUCCACUUCCUUUCAGAGAGCUGAAUCUGAUGAAGGACCAAAAACUGAGUCUGAUUGAGCUCCUUCAUGUCUGUUUCAAGGAAACCAAAGAAACAGAAAUGUCCAGGUUGGAAAAAGUUCUGUUCAUUUUUGAUGGAUUGGACGAGUGUCGUUUCCCUCUGGAUUUCCAGAACACAGUGAGAGUGUGCGAUGUAACUGAAUCAGCAUCAGUGAAUAUGUUGCUGAUAAACCUGAUCAAAGGGAAUCUGCUUCCCUCUGCUCUCAUCUGGAUCACCUCCCGACCAGCUGCAGCUGAUCAAAUCCCCUCGGAGUACGUCCAUCGAGUCACAGAGGUACGAGGGUUCAAUGACCCACAGAAGGAGGAGUACUUCAGGAAGAGGAUCAGUGAUCAGAGCCUGGCCGAGAACAUCAUCACACACCUGAAGUCAUUAAGAAGCCUCUACAUCAUGUGUCACAUCCCAGUCUUCUGCUGGAUUUCAGCCGCUGUUCUCGAGAGAAUGUUGGGUGACGCAGAGAGUGGCAAUAUCCCCAAGACUCUGACUCAAAUGUACACACACUUCCUCAUCAUUCAGACAAACAUCAUCAGAGGAAAGUACUCAAAGAAGCAGGAGAGUGAUGAAGAAAUGCUUCUCAAACUGGGAAAACUGGCUUUUCAGCAGCUGAAGAAAGGCAACCUGAUCUUCUAUGAGGAAGACCUGAGAGCAUGUGGCAUUGAUGUGACAGAAGCAGCAGUGUACUCAGGUGUGUGUACGCAGAUCUUCAGAGAGGAGGUUGGGCUUCACCAGAGUAAAGUGUACUGCUUUGGUCAUCUGAGCAUUCAGGAGCAUCUCGCAGCUCUGUAUGUGCAUCUGACCUUCAUGAAGGAAAAGAGAAAUGUUCUUUCAGACAAUUCCAUGAGUCGGUUCUUUCAGACAAUUUCAGAUGUACACAAGAGUGCUGUAGGUCGGACCUUAUACAGUGAGACUGGACAUCUGGAUCUGUUCCUCCGUUUUCUUCUGGGUCUCUCACUGGAGUCCAAUCGGAAACUCUUACAUGCCUUAGUAACACAGACAGGAAGUAGCUCCCAGAGCAAAGAGGAAACAGUUCAGUACAUUAAGAAGAAGAUUAGUGAAGAUCUUCCUGCAGAAAAAUCCAUCAAUCUGUUCCACUGUCUGAAUGAACUGGGUGACGAUUCUCUAGUGGAGGAAAUCCAACGCUACGUUAAAUCUGGAAAACAAAGUAAACUCUCUGCUUCACAGUGGUCUGCUCUGGUGUUUGUGUUACUGACUUCAGCACAGGAGCUGGAGGAGUUUGACCUGGGUAAAUAUACCAGUACAGAGAAGAUACCAGAUGAGGUUCUUGUGAAGGUGAUGCCUGUGAUUGCAGCAUCCAGAAAAGCAAUUAUCAGUUCUGACGCAAUUGAAAGGAGAAGCGCUGAAGUGCUGGUCUCAGUGCUCAACUCAGAAACCUCCAGUCUGAGAGAACUGCAUCUGACUGUGAAGACACUGGAUCUGUCUGGGAAUAAACUAGAAGACUCAGGAGUGAAGCGUCUCUGUGCUCUACUGGAGAAUCCUCACUGUAAAGUGGAGACACUGGUGUUGUGGGGUUGUGGUGUCUCAGAUGAAGGUUGUGCUGCUCUGAGUUCAGCUCUGAGAUCAAACCCCUCACACCUGAGAGAACUGGAUCUGUCCUAUAAUAAUCUGGGAGACUCAGGAGUGAAGCGUCUCUGUGCUGUACUGGAGAAUCCUCACUGUAAACUGGAGACACUGUGGUUGCAGGAGUGUGGUGUCUCAGAUGAAGGCUGCGCUGCUCUCGUUUCAGCUCUGAGAUCAAACCCCUCACACCUGAAACGACUGAAUCUGUCAUUUAAUAAUGAUGAAUUAGGAGAUUCCGGAAAGAAGCUCCUCUCUGCUCUUAAGGAUAAUAAACAUUACAAAAUACAGAAACUCAUGUUUUGGUGAACAUCUGUGUGUGAGAUGAAGACUCUGGUGUUCCUGCAUUUCCAUGUUGGGGAACAGACAACACCAUUCAUAAACACGUCAGUCAUUUAGUUCUAACAAAUGAAAGAGACUCGGAGACGUGGUCAGUGUGUGUUCAUGGUGCACAGUGAAUCAGACUGCACACAAUUCUACACUGAAUGUGGAACAACUUGUGAUCUGCAUGAAACUGUCUGGACCUCAGUCCCUUAAAAACCCUGAAAGAGCAGGUGAAAAAGCACAGGGACUCGAGCUGAACCCAGUCAGUGGAAGAGGGAGCUGAAAUGGACAGGAACAGUUUCAGGACAUUGGUGGGAUUCUCACCUGACAGGAUCGGCAUUUGGGGAGUUAAUUUGAGGAAGCCCCGAGGAGACUCACUACAAGGCACAUUUAUCACUUUGUCCUUUGUUUGGUAUUUAAUAUGCACUCACUGAGCACUUUAUUAGGAACACGUGUACACUUCCACAUUCAUGCAGUUCUCUAAUCAGUGGUUUUGACCAUGGCGUGAUUGUUGGUGCCAGACGGGCUGGUUUGAGUAUUUCUAUAACUGUUAUUCUCCUGGGAUUUUCACACAGAACAGUCUCAGAAUGGUGCAAGAAAGAAAAAAAAUAUCCAGUGAGCAGCGGUUCUAUGGAUGGAACCGUCUUGUUGAGAGGAGUCACCGAAAAAUGGCCAGACUGGUUUGAGCUGACAGAAAGGCUACAGUAACUCGGAUAACCACUCUGUACAAUUGUGGUGAGCAGAAAAGCAUCUCAAAAUGCAGAACACACUGAACACUGAGGUGGAUGACCACGUCGGGUUCCACUUCUGUCAGCCAAGAACAGAAAGCUGAGGCUGCAGUGGCACAGGAUCUCCACAACUGGACAGGUGAAGAGUGAAAAAACGUAGCCUGAUCUGAUGAACCUCAGUUCGUGCUGAGGCUAACAGAUGGUGGGGUCAGGAUUUGGCAUCAACAGCAUGAAUUAGUGUUCCUAAUAAUGUGCUCUGUGACUAGUUUAGAUCUUUUUGUUCCAGGAUCAGAACUCAUCUGUUCUUUAUUUUCUCUGAUACCUGAUCCUGAUUUUUUUUUUUUUUACUGAUAUCAGCCGAUCAAAUCCGACACAGUGCUAUCGCAGUGCUGUCCCUUUCACUUCAGUCUACACUACUUAUGUACUAUGUUACAUAAUCAUAUCAGUCAGAUACAUUUUGAAAAAAUAUAGAAGUAGUGCAUUUAUU